UGUGCACACUAUAUAACAAACACUGUAUACAUUGUUAUAGACAUUAUUUGUAUUAUACUGUAGACACUACAUAUUACCUACAGAAUGUGCAUUAUGCUAUAGGAAGCUCAGACUGUAUAGAUUAUAAACAUAUUAGGCUGUACAGAUGUUCAAAGUGCGAGUAUUGCUGGUGGGGCCCAGAGAGAGUGGAAAAACCGUUCUGUCCAAUUUUCUGUCUGACACGACUGAAUCCAUAGGUGGCGAUUACAGCCCAACUCAGGGUGUGCGGAUCCUGGAGUUCGAGUGCCCGAAUGUGAGUGCGAAUGGAAAAAGUGUUGGAUGUGAAGUGGAGCUGUGGGACUGCUCUGGCGAUCAGAAGUUUGAGACCUGCUGGCCAGCUUUAAUGAAGGAUUCCAACGGGGUGGUUAUUGUGUUCAAUGCUGAUCUUCCCAGUCACCUGAGGGAGAUUGAGACCUUCUAUUCCUCCUUUGUACACCAGCAGAGGUUACAGGACUCCCAGUGCCUGCUCGUCGCCCAUCACAAGCCGGGUUCGGGGGCGGACAAGGGGCAACCUAGUUUGUCCCAGCAGCUGAGCAAACUCAACCUGAUCCACUCUGACCUGGAGGAUGAUCCAGAGGAAGUGCGCACGGAAUUCCGUCAGUACCUGGGAGCGGUGCUUAGCUCCCUGUCAGAGAGCAGAGACCGGGAGGAGAUGUCAAUCAUCACCUGAGCGAGGGAGAGGCCUUUCCCAGUGUGUGUUGAACAUGCAGUUCUUGUACAUCAUUAGCCAGAGAGUGAGGGUUUAGGUGGAGUGAGAAGGCAAUGCAGUAAUGUUUCUAUGGUUUGGCCUCCCCCAGAUUUUAUAAUUUCUCACUCUAGGAUGGUAGAAAGUUUCGCACAGAAACAAUCAGCCCAGCCGUCUAUAACUUAGUGGUAUGUGAGUGCAUGGGGAGUAUUUCUCCACGAGUCACACAAUUUCCCGCUCACUCUGCAUAUUCUUUAAUCAUCCAGUGAGUAGGUAUCUUUCUGACCCAGUGCAUGUGCGGUGUUACCAGCCUACUGUGCACAGUAUACAUGCAUUGAUAUUAGGACUGGCUCUACUGCCAAUUUGUACUGUUUUCUGGAGUGCAUGUAGGCUUGCUUUGUUAUCUAAGUGGCUGCUACCGUCUUGUGUUUAGCCCCUAAAACAGAAGAGCAUAGACCGGGAGAUGACAAUCAUCACCUGAUUAUUGACAUCUUCAUUGUCUAAAUGCUAACCCUCUCUUCAAAACAUUCCAUAAACUGCUCUCCUGUAAAUUGUAAUUAGAGAUUGAGGCCAGGUGUGGGGAGUGUGUACAGCAGGGAUUAGCUCUCCCUGGUGAUAAUGACCCAUUAACUGAACUUGGCCUUUUCCUGCCAUUUAAUUGACCACCUUGUUCUCAUCGUUUCCCUGCUUCUUUUCAAUUUAUAGGGCUCCCCAACGAAGCUUCCUUCCCAAAAGAACUUCAGCCAUUACAAUCCUGCCACACCUCAAUGUGCUGACUGACCCAGGUUGCCUUCAAGGGAAUUCUACCCAUAAAGAGGGAAAUAUUCAGCCCAUGAAAACCCCACGUUGUGAUUUAUGUCACAGUGUAUUCACUUUUAUACCAGCUUUUGUAGUAAAAAAGCACAAAGCAGUGUGUUACAGGAACAUAAAAUGUUCUGCUGUGGUGGAAGUAGAUCAUUGUGGUGCUAACAUGUGAUGGUAUUUUAAUCAAAGGAGACACAGGCAAAGUACAGAAUUCAAGGUAACAUCUGGAGGAAACAUUUGGUCAGGACCUGCGGAACAGUGGAAAUCAAACGUAAAAGCGCUCUAUAUUUAUUUUCUCCCGAGACAUGCAUCAAACUGUGUACGAAAAGGCAGAUGUUCUCCACUGACAGCUCUGAACUAGAAGCCAACUCAGUGAUUCUUCCCUGCAGCCCUUAUAGUGCUGAGCCAAUCAAUCAGACACCCCCUCCCCUGAGUCACCUACACUGCACAUGCUCAUUAUACAGAUACAUCGCCACACAUCUGCCCCGCCAGUGAAAUAGAAUAUUGGUUGUGUGGAAAUGGAGUAUUGAGGCAGGAGACACACAAACCACCAGCUGCCUAUGAUGACAGCCUGACAAAUGAAAUAGUCAACAUGGGAUUUUACCAUUUUUUUUAAUAAUUGUUCCAUCCUAUAAACACACACACACAAACAGCUUUCAUAUGAACACGGGCCUGUAAAAAACAAAAUGCAUUAAAGCAAACAUUUUUUGAGGAUUGUUUUACAAAUGCUAGAUUAUAAAUUCUGAGUGAAAAAAUAAAAGCUUAUUUGGAAUAUU